AUGCUUGAUGACACAUAUGCCGAAAUUUGCUUUAAUCAUAAAAGAUAAAAAAAAGGCACGCCUUCUAAAUAAACAACGACAUUUAAAUCAAAACAAGAUGUUUAAUUAUUCGUGGAUCAAAUACAAGCCUAAGUAAAAUUGCCACCAUUGGAGCAUGAAUUCUAUUUAAAUUAAUUUCGCUCUCCAAGUCUUUCAAAGCAGCAUCAAUAUUAAUGCUCUAAAAGUGUCUUAGUGAAAAAAUAAACUAAAAAUAGCAGGCUAAAUAGUUUGAUAUCUGAUAUUAGUACACUUGAAGAAGGAGUUCUAAAAACAUUUUAAUAAAUUCAAGAUUCGUUUUCUAAAGAAAAAAAUAGAUUAUAAGAAUAAGAAUCAAAGUUUGCUUUGUUGCUAGAAAAUUUAGAAUAAAAAAAUCAUAUAACAAAUACAAAUUGGAAAACUUUAAUUAAACAUCACUUUAAGAACCUUAAUGAGUAUAUAGAUUUUGCAACUAAGGAUAUUAAGGAGGAAAAGAGUUUCGUUUAUUCUCAUUAAAUAUCUGCUAGAAAUCAUUAUAUGUUUGUUGAUAACGAAAUAAGGAGAAAUUUUAUAAGAAAAAGAUAAACAAGAAUAUGA